AGGUCCUGGGUGCCCCGUCUUUCCGCAUGCUGGCCUGGCACGUUCUCAUGGGGAACCAGGUGAUCUGGAAAAGCGGAGACGUGGACCUCGUCCAGUCAGCUUUUGAAGUGCUUCGGACUAUGCUGCCCGUGGGCUGCGUCCGCAUCAUCCCGUACAGCAGCCAGUACGAGGAGGCCUAUCGGUGCAACUUCCUGGGGCUCAGCCCGCACGUGCAGAUCCCCCCCCACGUGCUCUCCUCAGAGUUUGCCGUCAUCGUGGAGGUCCAUGCAGCCGCACGUUCCACCCUGCACCCUGUGGGGUGUGAGGAUGACCAGUCUCUCAGCAAGUACGAGUUUGUGGUGACCAGCGGGAGCCCUGUAGCUGCAGACCGAGUCGGCCCCACCAUCCUGAAUAAGAUUGAAGCGGCUCUGACCAACCAAAACCUGUCUGUGGAUGUGGUGGACCAGUGCCUCGUGUGCCUCAAGGAGGAGUGGAUGAACAAAGUGAAGGUGCUUUUUAAGUUCACCAAAGUGGACAGUCGACCCAAAGAGGACACACAGAAGCUGCUGAGCAUCCUGGGUGCGUCCGAGGAGGACAACGUCAAGCUGCUGAAGUUCUGGAUGACUGGCCUGAGCAAGACCUACAAGUCACACCUCAUGUCCACGGUCCGCAGCCCCACGGCUUCGGAGUCUCGGAACUGACCCGCCCCACACACCUGCCCGAAGACGGGGAUGGCUGUCCGCAGACUCCUCCAGCCCCGCGAGAGGAACUGUCCCUUGAGUUUCUGAACUGCUGGGAGGAGCUGUGUCCCAGUAAGGAAGGGAAACCGUCCGGGCUUGGCUCGGCCCUCUGUCAGGUUUGGGGCCUGUGUGCUUCCCACACCCUCCCUCAAGCCUUUGGAAUCGCUGAAGAUGGCAGUGAAAGGCGGAGGGAUGGUGGACUCUGUGUUCAAACCCCUUGGAGAGACGCUUAGGAGGACAGCUUGUCUCUC